AUGUUUACCCCGUCCAAUGACUUAGAGAGAUGUGCUGAAGUUGGUCAUAUAGUGGGAAGUAUGUCCGGGAUCACUAUUGCGGCUCUGGUCAGUUCAAGUCUCAGCUUAUAUGGAGAAGUCGUAAUGGGCGAUGCUGUGGAUUCUCAAACCCAACACCCUACUGGCCGUCCACCGAUCAUAGCAUGUUUCCCUCCCGUUGAUCUCCUGUCUUCGUACAUCACCGGCUAUCUGACCAGUGUCCACCAGUGGUACCCCAUUAUCGAUCUCAAUCUGUUAGGCGACAGUUUACACGCCAUGUAUCAGUCUAGAGAGCAUAUGGAUCUUUUCCCUCGCUUUGUAAUCCUGAUGGUCGCGGCAUUAGCGCCACCCAAUCCGGACGAUAUGAACGAUCCAGCCGAUUAUUUCCGAUUCGCGAUAACCCUUGUCCCGUCUCUGCUGGCAAGCAAAACUUUGGAUGGCAUCAAAGUUCUCCUCCUCCUGUGUAUUUACGGUAUGCGGUCGUGGCAAUGCAGUGCAGCGCAAGACGUGAACACUUGGGAAUUGAUUGGUAUGGCGAUGCGUCUGGCUGUCAGUAUCGGUCUGACGAGGAACAAUGAGAAAUGGUCAUUUACACUCGCCGAAGUAGAACACAGGCGAAAAGUGUGGUGGUCUCUAUACUCCAUGGAAAGAUACAUAGCGAUCAUGACGGGUAGAAUUCUGAGUAUCCGGAACGAAGGUAUAGAUGCUCUGAUGCCUCAGACGUUAUACGAGACAUUACCUGAUAGAUUGUUGGCAUUCUUGCCAAAAUCGUUGACCGCAGUCGAUUAUCGACCAUUUGUUCACCUCAUCGAGCAACGUAGACUACUAGGAGAUGUCCUUGGGACCGUUUAUAUAACGUACGUCAACAGAACGACGGGUGAACACACCGAUUGA